ACAAAAACAGGUCACCGGGGUUGACAUCUCAUAUGAGCAAGUUUCAUCCUGGAUACCAGGCUCCUCUGUGCUGAAUAAAGACUGAGCAGGACAUCUGGCCUCAGCACACAGCCUGCAUAUGCCAGAGAGGAUGAAUGCUGGACAGGUCAACAGAGUGAUGUUCUCCUUGAUGUUAAGUUUGUUUGUAGGAGCCUCUUCUUCCAUGUGGCCCCUGGCUCCUGCAGCGGCCUUCCAGCUGCCACUCUGCCAGCUCAUCAACCAGACGGUGUCUCUAGAGAAGGAGGGCUGUUCCAAGUGUCACACAGUGGAAACAACCAUCUGCAGUGGUCACUGCAUCACCAAGGACCCUGUCAUCAAGAUCCCAUUCAGCAACGUUUAUCAGCAUGUGUGCACGUACCGGGACUUUUACUACAAGACGUUUGAGCUUCCUGACUGUCUUCCUGGCGUGGACCCGACCGUCACCUACCCUGUGGCUUUGAGCUGCCACUGCGGCCGCUGUGCCAUGGACAUGUCUGACUGCACCUUCGAGAGCCUGCAGCCCAACUUCUGCAUGAAUGACACUCCUUUCUACUACUAGUCUCAAGUAAUAGCAGCAUAAAACACAUGGAAACACACUAUAAAUAAAGAUUUGCUAGUGCAAAAAAUUAUGUUUGUAUUUGUCGUGCAAUUAAACCAGGGAAAAUACCCACAUUGAAUAUUUCAAGGAACUUCCAUAAAGAUGAAGACUGUUUCUCACUAAAUGUUUCCUGCCACAUCCAGCAAGCACGUGUCACUCUGUGUUGCAUUACGCAAAAAACAUCUGAGAUUUGAUCUGUCUUUGAGGUUGUGGUUUGGAUGUUUUAGGGAAACCGCGGUGUGUAAGAUUAACUUUGUUAGUGGGGUUAUUUCACGUAGCAUCUCACACUGAAACAUGAGACACACGUACAGUAUCAAUGAUUGCAUUAUAUUUUAUAUAAUUUUGGGGUGGUAUGUGUCAUCCUCAAGCUCGGGUCCUCUACCAGAGGCCUGGGAGUUUGA